UUGGAAGUGUGUUUUGGCAAGUCUUGCAUUAAAAUUACAUUGGUAAGUGUCUAUGUUACCGUGCCAGAGAGUAAAAGUUUGGUGACAGCACCAUCUGUUGGUCAAAAGUUGCUAAUUUAAGUUAAAUCUGCUCUAAACUUUUGCAAUAAUUGGUAGAAGAAAAAAAACGUACUUGUGCUUUAAUUUUUUGGAUCAUGCUAUAUGAUGUCACACAUGUGCCUCACACGCGUUUGUCCUGUAACUGUUGCUUGCUAUUUUUUUUUUUUUUUUUAAAGGUAUCAGAGGUGAUAAAUCUUGCUGCCAAUAUAUUCCCUUAUACGUGACCCACAAGAUUUGCGGUGUACCAGUGAUUCCAGCGCAUACAGUUUUGUCAGUAUCUUUUCUUCAGAUUGAAUACAAUUCUGAUUAGAUUUUCAGUUCUGAUCUAUAGGACUGACUGCCCACACUGUUACUUUGCAAAUAAUUUUAUCAUUGUGCUCAAAAUGGACCCAUUUCUUCGGACGGACUGUGUGGGUCUCACCCCAGUACAGUGACGGGGACACUAUACUGUAAAAAGUCCUGACUCUGGUCAUUAAAAAUCCCAUUGCACUUCUCUUAAAUAAGCAGGGAUGUAACCCAGGUGUCCUGGCCAAAUUCCCCCAUUGGCCCUUAUCAAUCAUGGCCUCUUAAUAAUCCCCAUCCAUUAAUUGGCUGUAUCACUCGACUCUCUCCUCUCCACCAAUAGCUGGGGUGUGGUGGGUGUACUGGUGCACUAUAGCUGCUGUCAAUCAUCCAGGUGGAUGCUGCACACUGGUGCAGUGUCUGUAAAAGUGCUAUUUAAAUGUAACAUUCAUUCAACAUCUUGAGGAUGUACAUCAUUUGACAAUUAUGAUUUAGGUGUCUGCAUGAUCCAAAGAGACUUUCCACAAACAAGACAAAUUAGGAACCCGAGGAAGAACAUUUGAAAGAUUUCUGAAUCCCAUGUCUUUGACAAUAUCUCAACUUGGCAGGGACUUGUUUACUUAUGUACACAACAGUGGUCGAUGACCACUGAGUAAACUGACUUGCUUCAAAUGGACUUUGACUGUUACACAGAAGAGGAGCCUUAACUGUGUUUGCUUCACCUCAGGAUAACGCAAGUUGAACACAAACGAUAGUAAAUCUCAACUGUGAUCGAGAUCAAGUCAAGAUUCAGAAAAUGGCAAUGAUGCUGGUUUUUGCUGCUCUGCUCCCUGUUGUACUGGGGAGUGAGUGUAGUACUGAUGAAUUUAGUCCUGUUGACUGUUCUCAGAUUAAUACUAAAGGACAAACGGUCAGUGGCAUUUACUCCAUCUAUCCGGCAGGGAACAUUCCUGUCUGGGUGUACUGUGACAUGGUCUCAACUGGUGCAGAUGAUGAUAAAGGAGGAUGGACGGUGAUUCAGAGACGAUUGGACGGCAGUGUGAAUUUCUAUCGGCCUUGGAAAGAGUACAAGAGAGGAUUUGGGGACAUCAUUGGAGAGUACUGGCUAGGGUUGGAGAAACUUUACCAGCUCACACGUAACAGGAAAUACAUGCUGAGAGUGGACAUGGAGGACUUUACAGGAAGGAAAGGUUACGCUCUGUAUUCAUACUUCUCUGUGGACUCUGAAUGUGAAGGGUAUCAACUGCAUGUUUCAGGGUUUAAAGAUGGAGGGGCAGGCGACUCUUUAUCUGGCCACAGUGGAUACAAAUUCUCCACUUUUGACAAAGACCAAGACAUCCAUGACAAUAAUUGUGCCAAAAUGUUUCUUGGGGGAUUUUGGUACUCAAACUGUCAUUCUACAAACCCCAACGGUGUGUACUUAUGGGGAGAAGAUGCCACACAUUAUGCCAUUGGAGCUGUUUGGACGACCUGGAAGAACAGUAAUACUGCCAUCAGUAUGAAAUCAAUCACUAUGAAGAUCAAAAGUGUCUCUUAGGCCAUUAUAGAAACAUUUUAUUUUCAUUAUGACAGUUUAACGUUUUCCUUUCCACUUAUAACUGUGUAACUGAGCAAACAUGUAAGAAUAUCUCUUCUAUCUCUUUAUGAAACUUACAUUUCAUUGUAAAUAAAAAU